GAGAGUUUGUUUUGUUUUUCCGUCACAUGGGUUGGGCACUUGAUCUGACCUUGAGUGAACCUUUACAGUGGUGGCGAAUGAGAGAGAAAAGAUUUCAGCUUGCUAGAGAAAGGAAAGCAGACAGUGGGAAGCCACCCGUGCUGGCCUCUUAGUUAUCCAGUUUUGUCAGAGUACAAUCCCAAGAGGGCUGGCCUGGCAGAGAAAAAGCAGACGGUUUUCUAGCACUUUGCGGGAAAAGGGAUACAAGAUCUGAUUGCCUCUUCAAAUUUGGAUGCGGCACCUUCUCCAAAGGGAAGCAAACAGAGUUAGAAACAUUUGCAAUUAACUCCCUUCUCUUGGUCAUUAUCCUUUUCCAUUAUCCAUAUUUACUGAGUUUCUGCAGAAGGAUGUUUGGAUUUCAUUUUCACUUUAAUAUCAUGGAUGUAUGCCUGAAAAUUACUUGCUCUUUUUACUCUUUCUGACUCUGUUACCAUUGCAUCGGCAGAAAUUCUUGUCCAGAGGAGUCACUUUUUCCUCAUGUCGCUAUGGUUCUAAAUGGAUGAUAAUUUAUCUUAUCACAAUACACUGGUUGGCUAAAACCACAGCAUUUUUUAAACUGAACCUGAAGGUGGGGGGAAGCGAGAUACAAGCAGAUUGGUGGAGAGGGCCAGUCGAUCACUUCGUGGGACGAAGUGGAGAAGGCCAAAGGAGAUCUAGCUGAAAAGAUGUCUGGUGGCAUUUUCUCCCCCUUGGAGAACCUUUGUGACCUUGACAGUGCCAACUGCCACCCGCUGGUGUGUUUUCUGUGUCACGAGCAGUAUGAACACCCUUGCCUCCUGGACUGCUACCACAACUUCUGUGCCAGCUGCCUGCGGGGCCGAGCCAUUGACAGCCGCCUGACAUGUCCUCUUUGCGGCCACCAGUCCAUUGUGAAAGGAAAUGGCCUCCCUCCAGAAGACCGGCUCCUGAGGUUCCUGGUGGAUAGUUCUGGGGACUGCGAAGAGGGCGUUCAGUGUGCAAACUGUGACCUUCAAAGUACAAAGCAGGACUUGGAUGCCAUGUAUUUCUGCAAUACCUGCCACCAGCCCCUCUGUGCCAAAUGCCGCGAGGAGACCCAUAAAGCCAGGAUGUUCUCCCGCCAUGAAAUUGUUUCGCUGACCAAGCGCACCAAAGACAUCCACAAGAAAUGCUCACUUCAUGAGGAACUCUACAUCAUGUUCUCAACAGAGAAGAAGUCCAUGCUCUGCAUUAACUGCUUCCGGGACAUGCCAGUCGAGAGCCGAGCCCACUGCAUUGAUAUUGAGACAGCGUACAUGCAAGGCUGUGAGAAGCUAGACCAGGCGGUGAUGGCUGUGAAGGAGCUCCAGACAUCCACCAGGGAGGCAAUUGUGCUCCUCAAAGCCAUGAUCGAGGAGGUCCGCAAGAGUGCAGAUGAGGAGGAGACGUCCAUCAACUCACUCUUCAGCAACAUGCAGGAGAAAUUGGCUGAGAGGAAGAAGAUGCUUUUGAAAGUCGUUCAGAGUCAGUAUGAAGAAAAGGAGAAAGCCUUCAAGGAACAGCUUGCCCACCUGGCAUCUUUGCUGCCUACCCUCCAGGUCCACCUGGUGACCUGCUCUGCUUUCCUCAGUUCUGCAAACAAAGCCGAGUUUCUCGAUUUAGGCUACCAAUUGAUGGAGAGGCUGCAGAAAAUCGUCAAACUACCCCAUCGGCUGAGGCCCUCCCAAACAAGCAAGAUCAACACUGAAUACAGAGCUGAGUUUGCGCACUGCCUGGAACCACUGCUGCUUCUGACCCCACGUCGCUCUGUGGUGGUGAAUGGAGGGGGCAUUGGGCCUGGAAUGGGCAACAGCAACAUGAUAUCUGGAGGCCCAUGUUCCAAGACCCUCCUAGUGCCUGGCUGCCCCUCCGCCUGCGAAAAGAUGUCCCUAGCAGGCUCCCUAGUCCGGAAGCCCAUCAUGCAUCGGUACAUCAGCACCAAGGUGCUCCUGGCUGAAGGCGGAGAGACUCCCUUCACCGAGCAUUGCCGCAACUAUGAGAAUAUGUAUCGGGCCCUUCAAACGGAGAUUCAGAACUUGAAGGAUCAGGUGCAGGAGCUGCACCGUGACCUCACCAAGCAUCACUCCCUCAUAAAGACGGAGAUCAUGAGCGAGAUCCUGCAGAAGUCGCUCCAAAUGGACGUGCAAAUUGCUUCCAAGUAUUCGUCCGUGGAGAUGAUGAGGAGCGUGUUUGAAGAGACAUGGGAGGAAACCUACCAGCGAGUGGCAAAUGAGCAAAAAAUUUAUGAAGCACAGCUCCAUGAUCUUCUGCAGCUCAAACAGGAGAACAGUUACCUGACCACCAUCACCAAGCAGAUUGCCCCCUAUGUCCACUCCAUUGCCAAAGUGAAGGAACGGUUGGAGCCCAGGUUACAGGAGACACAGGAGAGCAGUGGCCAGCCAGAGAGCCUGCUGAAAAUAUAUGAUGAGAGUCCGGGGACUGUGGAUGUCCAGCACAGGGCCGAUUUGUGUAGCAGCAGCACUGAAGAACGAGAGGGAGCCUUGGAGCCCAGUGCAGAAAGCCAAAUUCUCGGCUCAGCCACAGAGGAUCCCCGGCUGAAAGCCAAAGACUAUUACAGGAGCAAGCAGAAAGGCAGACCGGAGAGCCCUCCACAGCUGCCAGGACCUCGCAAAGUGGCUAAGGAGGCAGAACAGGAAGCGGAGGCGAACAUUUCUGAACAAAAACGUGCAUGUACAAAGUAGCAGCCUCUUUUCAGCGUGGUGUGUUCUCAGAAAUCUGCACUAACAUAACUUUGAGUCUGCAAAAUGUCCAAACCGUGCCAGUUUGCAGUAUUUCUUUUGUUACUCUGCAGGGUGUGUCUUUUUUUAACACUUCCACAUAAUGUAUUUUGCUAGUCCAGUAAGGUGUGGGUAUGUUAUGGAACAAUGUAGGGUGCCCAUCUCCAGCAACUGGGAAUCUUAUUCCUCCGGCUCCCGAGAAUCCCCGGCAUUCUUUCAUCCACAUCUCCCCCUCUUAAUGAUAGAUAGUUGCUGUUCUAAUGCUCUCAAACUGCAGGGAAGACUGCGCUUCCCAGGCAUUUGCUUCUUCCACCAGUGAGUAGAAAGUGGGGGGGAACAGUGGAUUUUUCUUGUUUCAGCCUGUACUUGAGAGGUAUAAAAUGUUGCUACAAAAAAAUUUCAGUCCUCAGUGUUCUCUUUGACACACCCUUAAAAGUAAAUUCUCCAGAUACGGCCAUACUCUCUACCACAGUAAAUCACCAUCACACAUCAUGAGAAAUAUUCAUCUGUGCACCUGUGCACAGAAGAGGCUGCCCACUGCCUCUCUGCAUGAUCCAUUUGCCCUUGCUUCUUCCCAGUCAGCUUCUGCUAGAGCCUAGUAAUCUUACAGAAGAGAUUACUCUAGAGCAAUGAGGUUAAAUGAUCCAAUCCCUCCUGGCAUUCAGAGCAGCCUGCGUCUUGCAUCUCUGCAGGAGUCAUUGCUAUGAGCUUGUCUCUUUCCAACAAGAGUGUAGGCUCCUGUGAGGACAGGUAACUGAAACAGGAAAGCUGUGUCCCUCCAAAUGUUGCUGGACUAAAACUCCCAUCAUCCCUGACCAUUGGGAGGUGCUGCCUGAAGCAAAGAGGGAGUUGGAGUCCAACAACAUCUAGAGCAGGAGUUCCCAAACUGUGUCCCGUAAACUUCACUCAGGAUUUGUGGUCGGAGACAGGACAUUCAUUGUAUUAUAUAUUCAUAUUUAUUUUUAAGUGUAUUUUAAUGGCUACUUGGUAAGAAGGCAAUCUUGAGAAGGUAUUCGUACUUGGCUUACCCUCACAGAUGAGGAGCCUUUUUCAGCCUUUGGGGCAACCUUCCGAGGGCCAUGUGGCACGUGGGGCCAGAGGCAAAAAUGGGUGGAACAAUAAAUGUAUUUUUUACCUUUGCACAGUAAGCUACUUUCUACCCACACCCGCGCCUGUCUCCAGUCUCCAUCCAGGAAAACUUUAUCAGAGUUGAAGGGCACAUUCCAGCUAGGCAAAAACUCAGGGCAUGAAGCGGGGCCUGUGAGGAGUGUGGCCUGGGGAGAAGGGUUAUGGCCCACGGAGAGUUCCAAAGGCCAAG